GAUUCAAAAUGGCUACCGUCAAUUGUUAUGUAUGUAAUGUGCUAUACACAACAUGUUCAGUUUUAAAAACUUAUUAAAUAUUAUAUAAAAAUAUUUAUUAUGAGACAAACCAUUAUUUUCUCGCCAAAGUUAAUAUCUAAGAUAGUCGCUGACAAUGUCUACAAAUGUACUUUAAUAAGACACGCUUCCACGGGCUUACAACUAUGGGAACAAGAUAUAAACAUUGAAAUAAAGCACAAAAUAGAAAAUUAUUGGAAAGAUAAAGUAAAUAGAAUAUCAAAUAAUGAUAGUUCGAAGGAAAAGUUUUACGUAUUAUCUAUGUUCCCAUAUCCAUCCGGGGCAUUACACAUGGGACAUGUGCGAGUUUAUUCUAUAAGUGAUUCCAUUGCACGAUUCUCUAGAAUGAAAGGAAAAUAUGUGAUACAUCCUAUCGGCUGGGAUGCUUUUGGUUUACCUGCAGAAAAUGCUGCUAUAGAGAAAGACAUAGAUCCUGCAGAAUGGACGAAACAAAAUAUUGAAAAUAUGCGAGAGCAAUUAAAUACCUUAGGAUGUUCAUUUGACUGGGAUCGAGAAUUGUCAACUUGUGAUCCCAAAUAUUACAAAUGGACACAGGAGCUUUUCUUAAAACUAUUCGAUAGAGGUUUAAUUUAUCAGAAAGAAGCCUUUGUUAAUUGGGAUCCAGUGGAUCAAACAGUCUUAGCUGAUGAACAAGUCGACUCAAACAAUCGAUCUUGGAGAUCUGGUGCUAAAGUUGAGAAAAAGUUAUUAAAUCAGUGGUUCAUUAAAACCACAAAAUUUGCCAAACCCUUAUUGGAUGGUUUAACUAAUCCAAUGCUCCGAAAUUGGCGCGAUAUUAUAAAGCUACAACAACAUUGGAUAGGAGAUUGCAAUGGUACAAACUUCGAAUUUAAAGUACUGUCAAAUGUCCCAGGGUAUCCAAAAACAUUAUCACUGUGGACCGACAAACCAGAACGCAUCGAGCAGACCAAGUUUGUCGCAAUUAGUACAAGAAGUAUUUUGAACCAAAUUGAAGACUCUGAAUGUGUUGGUACAGAAAAACGAUUGAGUGCUACAAUCUUAAAUCCCUUUACCGGAGAAGAAUUGCCCAUAUUUUCAACAAAUAAAAUAAAAUUUACAAGAUUUAGAGAUAAUCAUCUAGGUAUACCUUGUGAGUCUGAAAACGACGCAAGUUUUUGCAAUAGCAUGGGAAUCCACUUCGAAGCAGCGAAAGAACUUUCGCCUGAAGAACGAGAGCAAAAAAUUUCCAAAAUUCUCAAUACAGCCAAACAAUUGAAUAUAGGUGGCUAUCCAGUUAGUUUCAAACUCAGAGAUUGGUUGAUAUCACGUCAACGCUAUUGGGGCACACCCAUUCCAAUAAUACAUUGUGAAAAUUGCGGUGUUCAACCAGUACCAAGGAAAGACCUUCCAGUAGAACUUCCAAAAAUGAGCAACACCAUCAGAAAGUCAUCCUCGUUAGCCGAGGUCACUGACUGGGUUAAAACUCAAUGUCCUAAAUGCGGGAAGAGUGCGAAAAGAGAAGUCGACACAAUGGACACGUUUGUCGACAGUUCAUGGUAUUUUAUGAGAUACAUUGACUCAAAUAAUGAUAAGGAAAUCUUUGCAAAAGAUAAAGCUAAUCAAAUGUUACCUGUUGAUCUAUACAUCGGAGGAAAGGAACACGCUGUCUUACACCUUUAUUAUGCACGAUUUAUGAAUCAUUUUCUGCAUUCGGAGGGGUUAUUACCAACAUCCGAACCCUUCAAACAACUUCUUGUCCAAGGAAUGGUAAUGGGCAUGUCCCAUAGGACUAAUGAUUCUGGCAAAUACCUCAAGGCAGACGAAGUGGAAAAGGUUGGAGAAGUAUACGUUGAAAAGAGUACCGGAAAUCCUGUAACUAGUUCUUGGGAAAAGAUGUCUAAAUCGAAGUAUAACGGGGUGGAUCCUUCUGAAAUGUUUGAAAACUAUGGCACCGAUACCACCAGGUUGCUCAUUUUAGCAGAUGUUGCACCAACCUCACAUAGAAAUUGGUCAACAGCUACAUUUCCCGGUAUUCUGGGUUGGCAACAUCGGCUGUGGAUAACCGUGAGACAAUUUUUAAAAUGCCGAAAUGAACUGACAAAUCAAAUUAUAGCAAAGCCACCGAGCAAAAAGUUUAUUGAAGAAAACGCAUAUAUGUUCGACAGUCGAAAUUUCUACGUAAAGGGUGUCACUUUUAACAUAGUUGACUCGCAGCAACUCAGUGUGGGCAUAUCGAAGAUGCAAGGAUUAACAAAUAGUAUACGAAAAGCAUCAUCAGAAUGCAUCGCAAAAAGUCGUGAAUUCGAACGUGCUUUGGCUGCACAAAUAAUAAUGUUAGCACCAUUAGCCCCGCAUUUUGCUUCAGAAUUAUGGGCUGGUUUUUGUUCAGCCCCUCAUAGACUUGCAAAUGAUGGAGACAUUCAAUGGGAUAAGGAUGUUUUGGAACAAAGUUGGCCGGAAGUGGACAUGGAUUACAAAUUAAACGUCACUGUUUAUAUAAAUAAUGGUGAAAUCUCGAAGAUUAAAAUCCCCCGUAAAACGUUGGAUAACAUAUCGGCUGAAGAAUUGGCGUCACUAGUCACCAACCACGAGACAGUUGCACCGCGCAUCAGGAAGAGGAUCAUUAGCGAAAUCACUGUUCACGUAGAGGAAGGCUGCGAUGGAAGUUGUUAUAUUAAAACAAUGAAAAAUGUGGAAAAUAAUUUGAAGCAAGGAUACAGUGUAAAAGUGCAAUCUUGUUAAAAAAAAUCCAGUGCUUCUUACAUACAUAAUCGAAAAACUCGAUUAAUUGUAGAACGAUUAGCAGAGAAAUGUAUAAAUGAGUUAUUAGUGUAUAAAAUAAAUAAUUUGUUAUGUUAGAAGUA